GCCUAUCGUGUCACGGUCAUGUGACCUAACAAGGAUAAUAUUUUCCAUAAAAUUAAAAUAGUACUAUUUUGAAUCAACUACAUUUGACUCUCGAUUAAUAGUAAACAUUAUGUUUUUGUUAAAUAACUAUAUUUAGAACUAAUACUUAACUUCAUUUUUUAUGAACUAUAUACGCCAGGUUAAUUACUUAAAUUGACAGGAAUGUGUACAAGUUGAAACUCAUAGAUUUGUACAAAUAAUACUAAAGAAAUGUUUAUGAUAUUUAAUCAAUUUACCAACUCGCUCAUUAUUAUUUUUAUCUAUUAAAGAGAUGUACUAAUUUAUGAAUAUCACAGUAUAAAAUUUAGAACAAUUUUCAGUUUGGAGAAAGGACAAUAAAAAUGUUCAUAAUAGACGAAGUCAAUUCAUUUGGAGAGGAAAUAAUAAUCAUCGAGAAACAACGUUUACCUAAAUAUCUAAAACUAACUGCAGGAGGUCAUGAAUUUAUAAUCAAAACUCAAUUUGCCUGGUUAUGCUCCAGUACAAUAAGAAAGAUGCUCUCUGGUAAUUAUAAGGAAGGAACUGGAGAAAUAUUUACUGUCCGUUUCAAAGACAUGCAGUCUCAUAUACUUGAGAAAGUAUGCGUUUAUAUUAUGUUUAAGGCUCAUUACGCUUGUAGCUUCUCAGCGAUCCCUGAGUUUACUGUCGACCCGAAUAUAUCUCUUGACUUGCUUAUUGCUGCUCAUUAUCUGGAUUGUUAGUUUACUGAGCGUGUAGCUUGAUUUAUUAUACUUAAUCUAACUGACAAUUUUUAUUAAAAAAAAACUGUAUUAAAUGGAAAAAGAAAUCCUUGAAAAUUUUUACGAGUUUUACAGAAGAGAUAGCUAAUUACGAAAAGACAAAAAAAAUAUAAACAGGCCUAUAUAUAUAUAUGAAAAAAAUUGCUCAUGUCCAAAAUGGCUAGUAUCUAGCAUGAAAAUGAAAAAAUAUACUUGUAUAAAAGAAAUUAGUAGUAAUGAAGAUUAUGACUCAUCGCUGAGAAGUCGUAGACUCGUGAACAUUCAUUAUAGAUGUAUUCUGGAUGAGGGUGCAUUUCAGUAAUUGGAACAGGAACAAAUUGUUGCUGUAAAUGGUAUUGCAUUUGGGGAGGGUAUGAUGGUAUUGGGUGCAUGUAGGCAGGAGGCUGUUGCUGCGGUGGUUGCUGCCAUAACAAAAAUUCUGCUACUCUCCUAAUCAUUACGGCUGAUGACAUUAUCUUGGCGUGCUCAGAUUUUUCAUAGAGUUUUUCGGUUUUUGCACAUAAAGAUCCACCAGUUUUAAUGUCAACUCUACAAGUACAAGAAAAAUAUAUUUUUCCACUCUCAGUUACCGUCCUCUCAAAUAUCCAAAUGGGAGUUUCUAGUCUAUUUAAAUCAUCACCAAAUUUGCAAAAUGCCAAUAGCAUAUUAACAAAACCAUUUGGAUCAAAUCUUCGAGCUCCAAGAUGUGAUUGGCGAUCAGUUUCCAAUCCAGGUACAACGUCUAGACGAUAAAAUUUGAAGCGAUUCGUUAUCCUUUCAACUAGGGGAUUAGCCAUUUUAAAUUGAGCCUUUGAGAGAACAACUGAUAGUUCUUGACCUUUGAAGACUCUACCAUUCAUAAUCGAAACGGCGAGUACACCAUCUUCGCUUGUUUUCAUAUCGAUAAAGGCCGCUUCAUUAAAACAUUUCACGUUUGCCACGGCAUCCGGUUUUCCAAUUGCCUUAUUAAAUUCUUCGCAAAGCUCUUCAGGCGUUGUAUCGACCCCUACGUUCCUAACAAACAAGUGUUUCAUACUUUCCGGUCUUUCACCCAUAAAUGCAACAUUGACUUGCUUAUGCUCCGGUUCAGCCCAUUCGCCACAAAUAGUAACUCCACCAACUUUAACUUUCUUCUGAAUUAUUAAUUUUCUAGCUUUGGCUGCUAGACGAUUAUUUUCAAAUUGAAUAAAAGCGAAUCCCCUAUUACUAUAAUUAGGUGGAUUAGUGCUAUUCUUAUAUAUAGUUACGUCCACUACACCCGCUAAGACUUUUGAUAGAUCAUUGAGUAUUUCGUCUUUGGUCAGAGUCCUUUUUAUGCAAGUUAUAUACAACUCUCUAUUAUCGAUGCUUAUUUUUACCGAAAUGGGGCAACCGGGUCUAAUAUGAGCGCCAUUCAAAUUAUCAACAGCCGCUUUGGCGCCUUCGGUCGAUGUAUACUUUACAAAAGCGAAACCUUGGGUGUUUAGUGCAUCCCAAUCUUCCAUCAUUAACCUUGUCUCAUACAAUUCUCCGACAGUACUAAAGAAAGGUACCAACUCAUCUUCCAAUAAAUUACGGGGUAGUGAAUUAACAAAAACUUCCGAACCUCUUUCCGGAUUAAAAGUCUUUAGUGGUGGCCUUGGUCCAAAAGUUCUUUGUCUUUUCUCGCGGUAAAUGGUACAGUCGAACUUCUUGCAUACAUCUUCAAUUUUAUCUUCAAGAACUAUCUCUCUUCUUUCUUUAGCUGCCAUGUCAAUGCUUCACCACCAAAUGACAGACGUAAUAACCCACUUUUGGUAUGGCGUGGGAACUUUCUGGAUAAAAAAUUGACUUUCAAUUGCUGAUUGGCUAGUUCACUAUCUUAAGUUGCUAAUAGGCUUUGAUUACGGUAGAUAGUUGCUCUGUGAUAUAAAUACCCCCUCUAAUUUUCCCAUGGAACUUUUAAAUUUUCUUUGUUUCCCACAAGAAUUACGCAGAACUUUCUAGAAUUUCAUCAUGUCUGGUCUGGCAGCCGACGUACUCACAGACAGACAGACAGGCGUCACCCUUUUUUUAU